UUUGACGUCAUCAACACGAGAAACAAACGGGGGGGCUCGUGGGAAUCAACAACAAGCUUGUAGGAAGCUAGCUAGUUAUAUCUUAGUCGGAGUUUGUUAUUUAGUAGAUGACAUCCAAACUGAUAUAAAAUAAGUAACAGGGGAGAAAAAGUAAACGAUACACGUGCUUGGAGUGAUAGCAAAGGAGGGCAACUUUUUCCCGUAAAGGUGAAGGGAAUUUGUUUUCAUUUGGUUGGCUAACGCUAUCUUAGCUUACGUUAGCUACGGCGGUAGCUAUCUUGAUAAGCCAUUCCUAACGGUGCAGUAGCCAACAACAGUCGCCAGACUCCUCCCUGGACAUGUCGAAGUUGCAAUGCUAGCUAACUAUCCAGCUAUCUGAAGCCAUCACCACGAUAAGCUAAGCUUAGCCAACGUUAGCUAGAAAGCCAUUUUCUUUUGUGUUUUGCUUUACAGUAACGUUGGACACUGUAACGUUUCACGUCCCUCGUUCGGUCUUUGUAGCUAGACCCUUCUUAGAUUAAAGUCAUGGCGUGUGGAGCGACCCUGAAAAGGACCAUGGAUUUUGAUCCAUUGAAUUCGACGUCGCCUAAAAGGAGAAGGUGUAUCCCGGUCUCCCCAUCAUCCUCCUCAUCCCCACGGAAAUACCUCCGCAUGGAGCCGUCGCCAUUUGGAGAGGUGUCGUCCAGACUAUCAACUGAACAAAUUCUGAACAACAUCAAGCAGGAGUACAAACGGAUUCAAAAGAGAAAGCACAUCGAUGGAGUUUACCAACAGACUGAGGGCUGCUACUCCCCGGAGUCUCCACCACCUCCUACUGGUUCCAGUAUGCCAGGCACAUCUGCUGGAGGUUCCUCUCCGUCAAGGAAAGAGCAGCCCCUAUUUACUCUUAGGCAAGUUGGAAUGAUUUGUGAACGCCUACUGAAGGAGCGUGAAGACAAAGUUCGGGAGGAAUAUGAGGAGACCAUGACUUCCAAGUUGGCAGAACAGUAUGACACUUUUGUGAAGUUUACACAUGACCAAUUAAUGCGGAGAUUUGGAGAGCAACCUGCAAGCUAUGUUUCCUGAGACCCCCGGUCUUUGACCGGCAACAGUCUCUUGCUGCAAGCAAUCGAGUUCACAUCUUUGAAAAUAAUUUUGCAAGAGAUUCAGUUGGCUUCAUGAAACCUUUGUGACCGUGCCAUAUUUCUCCUGUCAGGCGACGGUUUAUCCAAGCCUCUGUCGGUGAUUAUUACUCGUAAGAAACUAGGUGCUUCCUAUUGUACAUUUAUGGACCCUCUACCAGUGGCCUAUGUUUCUCCUGCUAUACCUGUAUCAAUAAUUCCUCACUCUUACUUUUAUAAAGACACCUGGCAUUCCAGACUUUGUUAUUCAUUAUUUGUAGUGUGUGUGUGUGUGUGUGUGUGUGUGUGUGUGUGAGAGAGAAAAAGCAACAUAGAACUCCAAGGUUUGCUGGUCAAUCUAUCAGAAAGUGGAAGAUGCAGGUUAGCAUGGUUUGAAUAGUUAGCAGGGGUCCAGUAUUUUUUUUUUUAUGGGACGUUACCAAGUGUAGCUUGAAUUUAUUAGAUUUUUUCCCCCAAACUGUUUUAUUUAUGUUAUUUGUUUUCUUUAGUAUUACUUUCAAAUCUGUGUACUUAAUGGAUAACCAAACAAUAAACCGUUUUAAGACUUGU